GCGGCGCGCGCUUCCUGGGUUUGACAGCGAGCAGACGAACCGGACGAAGUUGCGCCAUAUCCAUCACCCUAUCCGUCACGUACAAUGAGAUCAUCGCAAUUCUGAUCAACUUCCUGGUCUUCGCCUCUUCACUUCUCGGCACCGUGGAUGCUCCUGACUCUGUCACCAAAUCCCACUCCAGUGAAAAACUCAGCUGUGAAAAUUAGCCGCACCCCUCGCCGGAGGCGCUUUCCAUCCAAGAUGGCUGCCUUCAAACUUGUGGUCGUCGUAUUUUCUGUGUUGCUCACCGUGUAUGUGCGUUCCGGAGAGGACUCGCAGGACGGAGUUGGGUUCUGCGAUGCAGGAAAUGACAAUGAUGGCAUUCUUUGUCAGUCUCCGAUUGAUAGCACCGAACAUUUCAAUUCUGCCCAGCCAGGAAAUCAGUCUGGGGGGAACUUUGACGGUGAACACACCCUGAUUGUCUUGACGGUAGCAACGGAAAGAACAGAUGGAUUCAUACGGUUCCUGCGUUCCGCAAAGUUUUAUGGCAUUACACCACAGGUACUCGGCAUGGAUGAAGAGUGGAAAGGAGGUGAUAUUUCAAAUGGACCUGGUGGGGGAUAUAAAGUUCACCUGCUUAAGGCAGCAGCUUCUAAAUACAAAGACGUCAGAAAUGCUGUGCUCAUGUUCGUGGACAGCUACGAUGUAAUCUUUGCUGGAACACCCAAAGAAAUACUUAACAACUUCUACAAGUUUAAAGCAAAUGUGGUGUUUUCGGCAGAGGGGUUUUGUUGGCCAGAUGAAAACUUGGCUUCAUCGUAUCCGAAAGUGGCAAGAGGAAAGCCUUACCUCAACUCUGGAGCUUGCCCUGACUUUUCUUAUGCAGGGUUCAUUGGUUAUGCCUCGCAAUUAUAUGAUGUGGUCAGCAGUACAGAGAUUGAUGCAGCUGAUGAUGAUCAGUUGUUCUACACACAAAUAUACCUCAGUGAGGAACUUAGGAAAAAAUGGGGCAUCAAACUGGACCAUCGUGCAGAGAUAUUUCAAAACUUGAAUGGAGCUACCGGUGAUGUCGAAUUACGAGGGCUUGAAGGAGAGCCUUAUGUUUACAAUUCUGCAUAUGGAACUACACCUCUGGUGAUUCAUGGGAAUGGUCCUAGCAAGAUCAUGCUGAACUCACUGGGCAAUUACAUAGCAAAGUCAUGGAAUUACAAGUCAGGGUGUCUCGUAUGUGACGACAAGUUCAGCUUGGAAAAAGUUCCGGAAUCUAACCUUCCGAGGGUCCUUCUGGGCAUAUUUGUGGAACAUGCUACACCUUUCUUAAAGGAGUUUCUUCAUAAGGCGACUGCAUUGCGUUACCCCAAAGAGAAUAUGGAUUUGUUUGUGCACAAUGCUGUAGAGUUCCGUAAGGAAGAGAUGGACGCAUUUGUCAAUGAUAAUAGUGUUGCCUAUAGAAGCGUGAAGUACUUUAAAUAUGAGGAUGACAAGAAGGAAUGGCAUGCAAGGAAUCUGGCAUUAGAGCAUUGUGUGAUACACAGUUGUGAUUACUUCUUCUCCCUCGACUCGGAUGCCCAGAUCGACAAUCCCGACACGCUGAGGCUGCUAAUCGAGAAAAAUAGAACCAUUGUUGCGCCGCUUCUAACGAGGCAAAAGAGUAUGUGGUCAAACUUCUGGGGCGCCCUCUCUGCUGAUGGCUUCUACGCUCGCUCCCACGACUACGUGGAAAUUGUCAAGGGCCAGAGAACGGGCCUCUGGAAUGUCCCGUUCAUCAGCACAGCAUAUCUAAUCAAUGCGACCCUGUUGAAGUCAAAAGAAAAGUUCCCUUCUUACAUAAGUGGACUUCUUGAUCCAGAUAUGGCGUUUUGCAAGAACCUUCGUUCAAAGGGCAUCUUCAUCCAUGUCUCUAACACGGAGAGCUACGGCCACCUUGUGAAUGCAGACACCUUUGACAUCUCCAGGAAGCACCCGGAUUUCUACGAGAUCUACUCCAAUCAGAGAGAUUGGGAGGACCGCUACAUACACAAGGACUACUUCAAUGUGCUGCGCCCAACCACUAAGAUCGAUAUGCCAUGCCCCGAUGUCUACUGGUUUCCUGUUGGGACAGAGAUAUUCUGCGAACACUUAAUAGGCAUAAUGGAGAACUUUGGGCAGUGGUCUUCGGGCAACAAUGAGGACGAACGUCUCGCCGGAGGCUACGAGAACGUGCCAACGAGGGACAUUCACAUGAACCAGGUUGGGCUAGAACAACAUUGGCUGUACUUCCUGCGCGAAUACAUACGUCCUGUUCAGGAAAAGAUUUUCAUUGGGUACUUUCAUGACCCUCCAAAAGCAAUCAUGAACUUUGUCGUCCGUUACCAUCCCAACGAGCAGUCAUUCCUCCGUCCGCAUCACGACUCUUCUACGUACACCAUCAACAUUGCCUUAAAUAGACCUGGAAUUGAUUAUGAGGGUGGCGGAUGCAAUUUCAUUCGUUACAACUGUAGCGUCGUCGACCUCAAGCGAGGGUGGUCGCUGAUGCACCCAGGAAGACUGACGCAUUACCAUGAGGGGUUGGUUGUCACAAAAGGGACGAGGUACAUAAUGGUCUCUUUUGUAGACCCUUGAGUGGAAUGGUAGAUGCCCUGGUUAGAGUGAUCACAGUGCAGCACUCGCGCCCACCUUCUCUAAGGUGUUGCGAGAUAAGAGGGUGUAAUACCAUGGGGGGUGGCACAGACACCACUAUAUUGCACUCUACAGAAUAUCCUCCUUGGAGAAGGGGUGUCCUGUGGUUUCGCUUGGUAUCGACAACCGCAUGCGAACCACUGGGAACUAGUAACUUGCAAAAGACCAUAUUUUUAUACCAAGUGCUAUUGUGUGUCAAAGAAGGCAGCUAGUUUUUUUAAUAUGUGUGUCCAUCCUGUUUUUAGAGUUUAGUGUUCAUGUUCAGCCCACCGUACUCGUAGAUGCGGAGUACAUGGACUGUUGCAAGAUGGGCCACUGUAUUUCCUGUGCUUUGGCACAUGCCUUAAUGUGAGUGCAUGGAGGUUGGUCAUUUUCAGGAGCGCCUUUUUUAGAAUGAAAGCUGAAUAUCCCUCACGUCAUUCAUUGCUGUGCUGCGCUUAAAGCUACUUUGUUUGUCCUUGUUUUCUACGAGUUAUUUUCCUGCCCAGCUUUGGAGUUGCCAUACUUGCUUUCAUUUUAUGAGUAACAGGAGCUUCCUUAAGUGUCACAUUGCAACAGCUAGGUGAAUGCUUAAUUUUGGGUAGUUUCAGUACCUAGUUUAAAUGUUAUGCUAACCAGUCUCAUUUUUAACACUUAUGCGUGCACAAAUUCUAGUCACGGUACAGUAGCACCUGAUACUCGAGUCAUUUUUUUGAAAUAACGUUUGAAUGUGCAUAUCUGUUUAAGUAUUGCACAUGUUUUUGUGUACACCCUUGUCCUAGCUGGUCGUUCUCACUCCAACAAAAUGUGAAGGUGGGUUCAGCAAAUGCCAGGCAUUUUGAUGUUGUUUGAACUAUGGCACAUUAGCACGGCAUGGUCCCGCAACAGUGGAAGGUAGAUGUGAAAAAUUCCACCUUUAUGAACCGCAUUGCAGCGUAACAUGUAUACCCUGGUCUGGCAACCUGGGAUAAGUAGCCAUAGCCCGUGGCCACAGCCAAGCUUCUUGGCUACUACUUGGCAGCCAUCUUGGCUACUUCUCCCUAGGUUGCCAGACCAGUGUUUGUGUUAUGCUGUAAUGUGGUGUGGGAUGCUGUGGUGUGGUAAUGGAAUAUGUCGCAGGAGACGGGUGCGAUUUGUGUUCUCCAUGCAAUGGCUGCAGCAGUAAAUCUUGCACGGCAGUCGACCUGCAACAAAUACCGCCCUUGACACCGCUUGUGUGACAAAACAUGGUCAGGCGCUUGUCUAUGGGCUUCAGUGUAAAGAUGUCUCUGAAACGAAUUACUCUAAAAAACCUGCAAAAAUGACGUGCCAAAAAUUUCAUGCUCUGCCACCACUAAUUGCUUUCUGGCUUCUCCUUAAUAUGUUCUAACGCUGCUUUCAUUUCUGUGAUGGAGCCACCAGGCUAUGCAAUACGACGACCUGGCAGUGCCUCAUAUUAAAAGCUGCAGUCACAGAGGGAAUGUCCCCAUCCCCGCCUUUUGACCACGCUACGCUGUUAUGAUGUUGUAUGCUGUGCAUUCGGUUUGUUAUCGGUGAACUUUUCCUUGAUGCAUUUAUGCCCGUUCUUUAUGGCGCCCUAGUAGGUAGUAACGGGCCAACAGCAAUAAAACUUUUUAUACAAUG